AUGCCACACCAAACACGAGUACACGUUGGCAGCACAGCAACCUGUAUCAUGCAUAUCUAUCUAUGUCCCGCCCCCACCCGCCACGAUGCAAGAGCCUCCCUCCUCUCCGCCCUCCACCUGCUGCCCCGCACUCUCUCCCCUGCGCGCCCUUCCCUCACCUCAUCUCCCCCACCCUCGCCCCUGCUCGCACCACCCUCUUACUGCACCACGCCCCUUGCACUGGCCGCGCCUGGGUGUGUGGUGGGGCGAGGCAGCAAUGGUUCAUGCAGCAGCGACUGCUGCGUGGUGGACACAUGUGCCGCUGGGAGUCUUGCUGACCUUGCUGGCUUUAGGAGGGAGUUGGAGGGACAGCAUGGGUUGCAUGGGAAUGGGCAUGGGCAUGGGCAUGGGAAUAAGAACGCCCAUGUACAUGGGAAUGGGGAAUUAGUUGAGGAGGGCAAGAAGGAUCGGUCGUAUGCGGAGGACUGCCGUGUGUUCACAUGGGAAAAGCCCCACAAGAUGCACAACGUCAUGGUCACGGUGUGGGACGAGUUCACAGUGGCACACGCGGUGGGGUGGUGUGCCAAGGCGCUCAUCAUCCGAGACCGCCGCAUGCUGCUGCUGCUCUCCACUGCCUUCGAACUCACCGAGCGCAUGUACCGGCAUCUACUACCCAACUUCAACGAGUGCUGGUGGGACUCCAUCAUCCUCGACAUCAUGCUCUGCAACACUCUCGGCAUGGAGGUGGGCCUCUGGCUUCUCCAAGCAUUCCACAUGCCGCGCUUUGAUUGGUUCACUGGCGUCUCCUCUCUCAUCGCCCACAAGGCACCCUCCUUUCCGCAUCUGGUCGCCGCCACUCGCCAGUCCCUUGUGGCAGCACUGCUCUUCCUCCUAGUGCUAGCAGCGGACCUCUGUGCCUUCUUCCUCAAGCACUGCCUCGCGCUGCCGCCACUGCACCCCUUCAACUCCCUCCGGCUCUGCCUCUGGGCUGCUCUCUCCCUCCCCGCCGCACACUGCCUGCACUCUCUCCUGCACUCGCCCGCCCUCGCCUGCCCGUGCCCCUCGGCGUCUGGUGCAGGGCGGGCAAGGGGGAGGACGGCGGGGGAGAAUGGAGGAGGGCGGGGUGAAGGGGAGCAUCAAAGGAAGGAGGAUGAGAUUAGGGUGAGACUGACUGCAGGGCGACAUUCGGGAUUAAUUGAUUGUGCCACAAAUGGAAUUGUUGCGGGGGCGGCACACGCAAUCCAGAUCUGUAACUUAGGCAGCAAUUUUACUUCACUACUCAGCAACCCCGCGAGUGCGCGUCCCGUCUCCUGUUCCGACUUGCGCGGCGGCUGCUUUUCCUCGACUUGGGGUGCGGGGGCCGUGGUGUGUAGCGGCGGCAUGGGGCAGGCGUUUCGGAAGCUGUUCGACACGCUGUUCGGGAAUCGAGAGAUGCGGGUGCUGAUGCUGGGGCUGGACGCGGCGGGCAAGACGACGAUACUGUACAAGCUGCACAUCGGAGAGAUCCUCUCCACCGUCCCCACCAUAGGCUUCAACGUGGAGAAGGUGCAGUACAAGAACGUGCAGUUCACCGUGUGGGACGUGGGGGGUCAGGAGAAGCUGCGCCCCAUGUGGCGCAACUACUUCAACAACACUGACGCUCUUAUCUACGUGGUGGAUUCAUUGGACAGGGAGAGAGUGCGGCAAGCAGCACAGGAGUUCCAGAGCAUAGUGAACGAUCCCCUCAUGCGCAACAGUGCUCUCCUUGUCUUCGCCAACAAGCAAGACCUUAAGGGCGCCAUGUCCCCUUUAGAGGUGUGUGAGAUCAUGGGGCUGCAGCAGCUGCGCAACCGGUACUGGCACAUCCAGGGCACGAGCGCGCCCAAGGGCGAGGGGCUGUUUGAGGGGCUGGACUGGCUGGCGUCGACCCUCAAGACCAUGCAGGCCAAGGGACUGCCCACCUCUGUUACCACCCCCACUGCUGGCGCUGCUUGA